AUGCCAACAUUUUCAGCUUGCAACGGUGAAAAGGAUGGUCUUAAGAAUCUUACGGAUGGAGGCUGUGAUCAUAAAACUAUAGGCAAAAAAUCAAUUUUAUCAGAAAAAAGUAAAAACUUAAUUAAAGGAAAAGAAAUUCAUGCCCAAGUUGCUAAUCUAACUAUUUGCGGAAAUGUACUAGGAAACAAAAAAAAAGUGAAUAUCAGUCACGAUAAUUUUACUAAGGUUAAUGGUCAAGUACAUAAAGUCGAAAUGACGGCUUUUGAUUUAGAUAACAGUAGAAAUGUUAUCGGAACAAAUAAUGAUGUGAAAAUUAAUGAUCAAAAUAAAAGUCUUGUUAAUUUCUCACAUGGAAAUAUUCAAGCUAGUGUAGUAAAUCAGGUUGCCUACGAUAAUGUAGUCGGUUCCUAUAACAAGGUAGACAGUAAACGUAUAAAUAUGAAUUUGAUCAACAGCAGAGUAGGAAAUAUAAAUGCGACAGGCGCUGAUUUGAGUGCUUCCAAAAAUGUGAUUGGAAAUUUCAACAGAGUAUCCAAUUUUGAAGCAAGUUUAACCGGGAUUAAUAUAGAACGUGACAUUGUCAAUAUUACGGGAGCUAGUGCAAGUUGUAAAGAGAAUGUUAUUGGCAAUGGGAAUAUAGUUACUUCUGCACGUGCAAAAGCAACACUUGUCAACUAUCAAGAGAAUAUCACCAAUAUAGAAAAGGGUCUUGAUGUUUCCAUGAAGAAAAACAAUAUAGGAAGAAACCUCAAACUGGACGGUCAAGCAGAAUUUACUGGAAUCAAUAUUCAAAAAAGAAAUGUCAAUAUUAGAAAGAACAAGGAUGAUAAAAUAAAGCUUAGUGCGGAUAUUACUUUAGUCAGUAACCAAGAAAACAACGUAGUUAUAAACAAAGGUGAAUCGGGUAUUAAAUUAAGUGUAGUUGGGGGUGGUUUAAGUAAGGGAAAUACAGUCAUAAGCGAACCAUCAUUUGGUAUUGAUAUUGGUUUCAGUAGACAAAAAUCUGUUGGUAAUGUAAGUAUCGGUACACGUCUACAGCUUGGUUUAGGGCCUUCCCUCGAUUUUGGUUUACCAUUUGGGGGAAGUUCAAGUGGUGAAAGCGGAGAUGGCAAUGGUAAGGAUGAUGGCGGGGGCGGUGACAACAAGGGAGUUAACAAGGAUGACAAGGGCGACAACAAGAAUGAUAACGAUAGCGUGGGUAAAGGUGAAGACAAAGGUGGUGGUAGCAAUACAAACAAUGGUGAUGAUAAUAAAACUGACGAUAGCAAUAUCAAUACGAACGGCAGUGAAAAUACGAACAGCAGUGAAAAUACGAACGGUAGUGAAAAUACGAACGGCA